UUUAUUUAGUUGCUAGCGUUUUCUCAACUUUGACGGACACGUUUUCUACUCAAGAUAUUGAAUCGAGAAAAAAGCUAAAAUAAUCAGUUGUUAAUUAAAAAAGAAAAACACUAUAUUAAGCAAAUAAUUUGUGUUCUCUUGGUGAAAAGUAUCUAAAUAUUAAAAUAACCUUUUAAAAUGUCUUCCUAUAUCUUGAGAAACGGUAGUACCGCAGCCAUACUAAAGAAGUAUUUACCACGUCAACUUAGCAACAACAGUUUAAAUAAUGCUACCGUUACUGGUCAAUUUCGUGCCUUUCACCUGACACCUUGCUUGGAAAAGGUAGUGUCAUUCAAACUCAGUGAUAUCGGUGAAGGUAUACGUGAAGUUACUGUUAAGGAAUGGUUCGUCAAAGUUGGAGACACUGUACAGCAAUUCGAUAAUUUGUGUGAGGUACAAUCGGACAAAGCUUCCGUCACCAUUACCAGUCGUUAUGAUGGUAAAAUUCUAAAAUUGCAUCACAAUGUCGAUGACAUUGCAUUGGUGGGUAAAACAUUGUUGGAUUUUGAAGUUGAAGAUGAAGAAGGCGAUUCUGAUAGUUCUGAUUCUGAAGAUGAAAAGGAGAAAACUCCCGAUAAAAAGACCGCAAGCGAUGUUGCUGCCAAUCCAAAGCAAGCUACUGAUGAGGAAGUUAAUCGCAGCAUUACUUUAGCUACACCAGCUGUUCGUCGUAUUGCCAAGGAAAACAAAGUGGAUUUGUCGAAAGUACCACCUACCGGUAAAAAUGGUCGUGUCUUAAAGGGUGAUGUUUUGGAAUAUUUGGGACAUGUACCACCAGGCACUAAUAUUCCUCAUCCUACUAUUGCUGCUAAGGCUGGUGCAGCUGCUGCUGCCUCUGCCGCUGGUAAGGCCAGUGCUCCAGUUCCAGCUGAUCGUGUAGAACCUUUGAAGGGCGUACGUAAGGCCAUGUUGAAAUCUAUGUCUGAAUCUUUGAAAAUUCCCCACUUUGCUUAUAGUGAUGAAGUGGAUAUGACCAAUUUAAUGGGCUUCCGUGAUCAAUUAAAGGAGGUAGCCCAAGAGAAUGGUGUACCCAAAUUAACUUUCAUGCCUUUCUGCAUUAAGGCCGCUUCCAUUGCUCUCUCGAAAUAUCCCAUUUUGAAUAGUUCAUUGAAUUUGGAAACCGAAUCUAUUAUCUACAAGGGAGCUCACAAUAUAAGUGUUGCUAUUGAUACUCCUCAAGGUUUAGUGGUGCCCAAUGUAAAGAAUGUUCAAAACAAAAAUAUUAUUGAAAUUGCUCAAGAUCUCAAUGCUUUAAUCGAAAGAGGACGCAAGGGCGCUUUGACUCCACAAGAUUUUGCUGAUGGUACUUUCUCUCUCUCCAACAUUGGUGUUAUCGGCGGCACCUAUACCCAUCCUUGUAUAAUGGCUCCUCAGGUGUCCAUUGGUGCCAUGGGUCGUACUAAGGCUGUUCCCCGUUUCAAUGAAAAGGAUGAAGUAGUUAAGGCCUACGUUAUGAAUGUCAGCUGGUGUGCUGAUCAUCGUGUCAUUGAUGGUGUCACCAUGGCCAGUUUCUCGAAUGUCUGGAAGAAAUACUUAGAAAAUCCCGCUUUAUUCUUAUUAAACUGAAUUGUUUAAUCACUUGAUAACCGCCUGUUUCUCCCACCCAAUACUUAGAUAUCAUAUUAGAAGUCAUUGUGUGCGAGUGUGUGUGUACAUACGACGUAAAAGGCUGUAAUAUUGCAUUUAUUUUAGUUUUUGAAACAUGUUUAGUUAGAUGUAAUAUUUUACAUUUCUUUAACUUUCUAUUAGCGAGUCUUACUGUAACUGUUUAAUGUGCAUUUAUUAUGAAUAUAUAAAUAUGUAUUUAACGUUUAAUUUUAAGUCGGUUACAGUUAAAUCGUUGCAUUUAAGUAAAUACCAUUAAUAAAUAUUUGUUUUAGUAAAUAUUAUAAAGGAA